AUCUGCCCAAAGCCAAGCGAUUACCAUCGACAUCAUCGCAUCUCCAUCGACCAAGCCAAAAAGCGCCUUUUAGGCAACCUCUUUGGGCACGGCAUUCAGAGCGACGCGGUACCUCACUUUCCCCCUUUCGAGGGUUUGAAUUCUUUCUACUACCCCAGUGAUCUCCACUCGUUCGCACGAUCUGGGAAUUGACUUUCCUUUUUUAAAGAGUUCUGGUCGUCGUCGGUCUUUCAUCACCAUCAACUCCGGCAAGGACGAUAGAGCAAAAGAUUAGAGUACUGACUAGACGAAGCAAGAUGGCAAGACUGCCGCCACUCGUUGCGCUCCUCGCGCUCUCGGCCCUCGUCGCGCUCGUCAGCGCUGCUGGAGAACAGUGCUCCUCCAGCUCAAAGUGUCCACAGAGCAGCCCCUGUUGCUCAGCCAAUGGCGUGUGUGGUUCCGGCGCAGCUCAAUGCGCGGGAGGUUGUCAGCCCAUGGCGUCCUAUUCCGCUGGCUCGUGCUUGCCCAAUCCCAUCUGCAACAACCAAAAUGUCAGCCUGACCAGCGACAAGUACAACGAUCCUGCCACCUUCCGACCAGUUCUUCUGUACAAUGGCGAUCCGUCCGAGGCGCCCUUCACGCUCGAUUAUGGGGCGCUCGCCAAAGGAUCCGAAGGUGUCUUGCUCGCCAUGACAGAACAGAGCCAGUCCUUGAUCUCUACCACUCGCUACAUCCUCUAUGGCCGCUUCGAGGUGCAGGCCCGUCACGAUGCUCGAGCCGGCCUUGUCUUUGCCUUCAUCAGCAUGUCGGACAUCAAGGACGAGAUCGACUGGGAAUUCACCACAGCCAACAGCUCAGAGGGAAAGACCAACUUCUACGGCCAAGGCGUGGCCCCUCAGGGAAUUCAGGCAGCGGAAGAUGUCUACCCCCAAGGUCUGAACGUCAGUGACUGGCACACGUAUGGCCUCAAUUGGCAGGCGGACCAGCUCCAGUGGCUUGUGGACGGGAACGUGGUUCGCACGCUCAAGGCAAGCGACGCCGGGGGAAAAUACCCUCGUUCGCCAUCGAGACUGCAAUUGAGUACCUGGGCCGGAGGAAAUUCAACGAAUGGCGAGGGCACCAUCGAGUGGGCCGGCGGUGCCAUUGAUUGGUCGACGUCAGAAUACCAGCAGAACGGUUACUAUGCCACCGAGGUCAAAAGCUUCACCGUGACGUGCGCCGACCAGAGCGACGCGAAUCUGACCACUGUUGGAUCCGGCAGCUCUGUCACGUCUUGGGUCUACACCGGCCAGAACUCUUCGACGACGAGCGAGCCCGAAUUCCAGCUGUCCAAGGACUCGAUCCCAUUUCUGAAGAAGCCUGCUCAGGAUGGUGGCCUAAACUUGCCCGGCAACGCGCAGCUCACCUCCAACUUGCCAAAGGGCGGCUGGGAUGGCUCAGGGGACACGUCCGGUCUCGACGAUUCCGUGCGAGGGACUGGCCAGAAGUCGAGCGGGUCUUCGUCGAGCGGGAGCAGCGACGACGGGAGUGACACCUGGUCCUUUUCCAAGAAUGCCGCCCUCCGCAUUGGCGUGCCCGUCGCGGCCGCCUGUGUCGGCCUCAUUGCACUCUGGGCAUUCAUCGUCUGGUGCGUCCGCCGCCGUCGGAAGAAUGACAUGGGCGGCGCGCACGGCGUCGUUGGACGAGGAGGGCCCGGCACAGGCAUCGCCCCCGACGGACGAUACAAGGGACCAGGCAGCACGACUGCGGCGAACAUCAGCGCAGCGGCAGGCGCACUUGCCGGUCGCAAGGGUUCCACGACCCGGUAUCAUGCGCUGGGUAACGAGCAUGAGGAGGACGCCGACCUGUACGACGCACCCCCCCAGGGCGCCCGACGGGUCGGCAUGGGCGUCGGACCCGCCCCUGGCCCUACGCCCUCGACACACUUCAACUCGUACAAAGACACAAGCUACGAUGGUUCUUCGACCUCGUCCGUCCACGAGGCAUACCCCAUGUCGCAACGGCGGCCUGGCCCCGCUUCCUCGAUCCGAUCAGAAGCAGCCUCACCAGCCAUGCGAGGGCCAUAUACGCCAGCCAUGAAUGCCUUCACACCCGCAAUGAAUGCUACACCGAGACCGCAGUAUUCGGCGCCAUAUUCACAACCAAACUACACGGCCUCACCUCCGCCGAGACAACAACACGUCCAGUGGGCGGCGCCACAGCAGCAACCACCGCAGCAUCAACAACAACAACAGUUCUACGGGCAAGGCGCAAGAGUGUAUGCACCGCAGGGCGGUGGAUACGGUGGAUACGGCUACGGUGCUCAAGGGGGCUACCGAGACUACUGAGUGCUCCCUUUUUCUUAUUGCCUGAUUCUACCUGUCGGCACGGUCCGACUCUCUGCUUUGCUCAACGCCGAACCUGUACUCUCUAUUCCUUGCUCGUUACCUUCAUCUUCAUACGGACACUCUCUUUCACUCAGCAAGCAAAUGCCAUCAUCAGAACACACUCUUCUCUGCUUC